UUAAUGCCAUUAUGGCACUACUGUACUAGCCACUAACUUUCAUCAGCUAUUCUGUGCCACUAAUGCAUAGAUAAUAUAUUCUUAUAUUAUCUAUGCACUAAUUUCUAAUAGUCCGUGACCAUGAUUAAAGAUAUUCAAAUAUACGAUUUUAAAUUAUAAAACUUAAAUUUAAUAAUAUAAUCUGUGAUAAUAUUUUGUCAUGACCAACUACAACUGCCAAGCUAGUCUCCUACACUAUUUCUAUUUAAUAGAAAUCUGUGUAAUUUGUAGUUUUACCACUAAAUAUAGAUAACUAUUUUUUUUCAGCUGUACUUGUUCAGUGUCUCUUUUUUAACUAUUGCUAAUGUCUAUAAUUUUUAACUAAUAUAUUAAAAUCUACAUUAUUUAUCCCGCAACGCAUGGAUUUCAGAUAAUCGGAUCCACAUUUUGAUUGCAACAUUGUGAAAAGCAACUAUAUAAGAAAUGUCUUUGUCACAAGACUCAAGAAAUGAUGAUCCAUCCACAUGUGAGAUUGUCGAUUUUGGUAUCUACUAUUUGGACAUGGUGCAGUGUCCAUUAAAUCCAAACCACAAACUUCGACGUCACAGGUUGCCAUAUCAUAUUUUAAAGUGCAGAAAGAAUUUUCCGGAUAAAGUGCAAUGCCCUUAUGGACAUUACUAUUAUUUAGAAAAACACGAAAUGGCUAAUCAUUUACAGACAUGCCCUCAUAAGCCGAGGACAGCUCAAGCUGAAGAAAUGCAACCAUACAAAGUACAAGCUCAACAAGCUAGAAAUGAGAAUAUCAAAUACAACUAUGAUGUUGACAACUAUACAAUUGAUGAACCCUAUUGGGAUUAAUUUUGUUAAACCAUUUUUUUUACAUAAAAUUUAAAUUUAACUGAUACCACUUAUUAUUAAAUACCAUUAAAAACUGUUGAAUAUUAUAUAAGCCAAUGAUAUUUUUACUGUAAGGAUAGAAGCAAAUGCCUACAGGCUUUGAUCAAAUUUUCAUUUUUUUAAAAAAAUUUUCAAGUAAUUCAAGGCAUUAACUAGCUUUUUUUUUAAAAUAAUAAUCAUUACAAUAACUGCCAAAAAAUGUAUGUGAAUUUGAUUAAUAUAUUUUUAACUUAAAAAUAUGCUCUCAUUAAAUAAAUUAUGUAAUAAGAAUAUAUUGUAUAGAAUAAGUUACGCAGCUGUGUUAAUUGCAUAACAAUAUUUCUAUAUUAUUACUGCAUUUAUCACCAAUAAUUAGUCAUUGUAAGACAAUUUAAUUUAAUUUACUUAUUUUAUUUUAAUGGACAUUUUUAAAACAAAUGUAAUUUUAAUUAUUUGUAUUAAAUAACUACAUGCUCAUUGAAACCAAAUAAACAUUAGUUGACUUCUCA